AUGGCUCGCAUCGCCGCUUUCUUCGCAUACCUGCACACGCUCCUCAUCCAAGUUCCCCAGCACGGCUACCACAACAUCUCGCGCGUCAUCCAGCCCCAGAUCCGAAGCAUAUCCGAGGGUUUCAUCGCGAGUUCAAGUCGAGUCGCCAACAAGGAUAUGGAGUUGCAGCCGAUCAAGCCCAAGUCGAGCACUGCCAGUGUGAAGCAGGAGUCUAGAAGAGCACCACUGCAAGCGUGA